AUGGGAAAAUCAAAAACAGACACUAAAUCCAACAACAAAGGCAGCAACUCCAAAGACAAGUCCAAAGAUGCCUCCUCCUCUUCCUCCAAGAAGGCUACAAAGGGCGAUAGCAAAUCCGACAAGCUCAAGCCCGCAAGCUCCAUAAACGUCCGUCACAUCCUCUGCGAGAAGCACAGCAAGAUGGAAACCGUCCUUGAGCGACUCGCGAAUGGAGAGAAGUUCGAUGCUGUUGCCAGGGAGCUCAGCGAAGACAAGGCACGUCAGGGGAGGAUCGUUGGGGUGGAAGACUCGCGGGUCUCUGCUCAAGGCGUUUGAGGACGCAGCGUAUGCCCUUGCGGUGUCUACGGUUGAUAGGCCGGUUUAUACAAAUCCGGCCGUGAAAACUAGUGAAGGGUGGGUCCACCUUCGCUGUGUUGGGGUGCUCUAGGUGCCGUGCUGACUGACUAUUUGCUGAGUAGGUAUCAUUGUGAGUUCUUGCGCUGGUUUUUACUGCGAUUGGGCGAUGUGUGGGGUUUACUAAUGAAAAUAAUAGGCAUAAUGGUUGAAGGUCGCAAAUAACCAAGGGAGGUGUGGAUUUCUGCCAACUUUGUCGGGCGGUGAGGGAAUUGGGAUAUGGAUAUUUCUCCUGCUACCAAUGAGCUUCUUUGAGAUGAAUCUUUGCUCCCCAGGGGAAGCAGCUCACACG